UUGUUUUACGUUUUUAGAGAACCACCAGUGCGUCAACAUCUUAAGAAUGUUUAUGGCACACUCAUGAUGACAUGUGGGGCCGCUUCAGCCGGAGUGUAUGUUGACAUGUACACACGGUUCCAGGCUGGCCUCCUUUCAGCACUUGUUGGUGCCGGUCUCAUGCUAAUGCUGAUUGCUACACCAGACAAUGGAAAAAAUACUCAACUGAGACUUGGCUAUCUGCUAGGAUUUGGUUUAACAUCAGGAAUGGGCUUGGGACCUCUGAUGGAGUAUGUCAGCGUUGUUGACCCCUCUAUCAUUGUAACAGCUUUAAUGGGCACAACAUUAGUGUUUGUGUGUUUCUCCAUUGCCGCUAUGCUUGCUGAACGAGGAAGCUGGUUAUUCUUGGGCGGCACACUGAUGACUCUGCUAACAUCUAUGUCUUUGAUGACACUAGUCAACCUUUUCAUGCAGUCACAUAUCUUAUACCAAACACAUCUUUACCUUGGACUUAUGUUAAUGUGCGGUUUUGUGCUCUUUGAUACACAACUCAUUAUUGAAAAGCGCAGAAUGGGCAACAAGGACUUUGUACAACAUGCAUUAGAGCUGUUCAUUGACUUUAUCGGAAUGUUCAGGAGACUGCUGAUUAUUCUCACACAAAAAGAAGAGCAGAACCGCCGCCGUAAACGUGAUUAG